AUGGCAAAAAAGAAAGGUGAACCAGGUUUUGAUGCACUUUAUAAAGUUAGACCUCUCCUCAAUUCAUUGAGAGAGAGAUUCCAAAAUAUUUAUUAUCCAGAGAAAACAGUAACAGUCAAUGAAGGAAUUUGUCACUACAGUGUAAGAGUAGGCUUCAAGGUUUAUAUGGCCAAUAAACCAAACAAAUAUGGUAUGAAGCUGUACAUUUUGGCUGAAUCCAGAACAGGAUAUAUCUGGAAUUUUGAGGUAUACCAUGGAAGAGAUGAGACAAUAGACAACAGCGCUUCUAGUGUCAUGAAGCGUUUGGCCAAUAAAUUUCUGGGUAAAGGGCACAUUGUGUAUGUUGAUCGUUUCUACACGAGUGUUCAAUUAGCUGAAGAAUUAACUGAUGAUAAUACUGGUCUUGUUGGGACAAUGAUGAAAAACAGGAAAGGACUUCCAAAACUGCUAAAAGAUGCAAAGCUGAAAAAAGGAGAACAGAUGUUCCGUCACAAAGGGAAUGUGCUCCCCCUGCGCUGGAAAGGUAAACGAGAUUUCUGGAUGAUCAGCACAAGGCACACAGUUACAAUGCAGAGUGCCAGAACAGGAAGAGCAAUGGAAAAACUGAAACGUGCAGCAGUUGUUGACUACAAUAAAAACAAAGCUGGGGUGGACCUAUUUGACCAACGGCUAUUGUAUUGGGCUCUGGAUCACAAGACUGUGAAGUGGUGGAGGAAACUAGCUGUACAUUGCAUAAUAAUGGCAGCAUCAAAAGGCUGCAUACUGCAUAACAUAAUCAAAAAGAAAAAACUUGCCACCUCUCAGUUUAUUCAAGAAGUAUGUGCAGCAUUGGUGUUGUCUGCUGGGGAUUCAACAGAGAGCUUUCCACAUGGAUCAUCAAAAUUAGCACGACUCUCAGAAAAACACUUCCCUAAUCAUGUCAACAUUUCAGAAGGGAAGAAAAAAGGACAAAGGAGCUCCAACCAAAAUUAA